ACUCGGUGGGCUAUAAAAGCCGUGGCAGCUGCAGUUGCAACAUAGUUCUACCCGAAGAUGCAGUUCUACCUGUUCUUGGCCCUUGCGGCUCUUUUCGGAAUGGUGUUCGGCCUGCCAGCUGGAGAAGUUGUGCCACAGGAUCAGCCGGUAGCAGCCACCAAUCUGGAGGAUGUGGCGGACUUGGGCGGACAACAUGCCACGGAGGGGGACAGGUCAGCCCGUUGGCUGUGGAAUAAGUGGGGAGGACACGGCGGCUGGGGAGGUGGCUGGAGCGGAUACGGUGGUUACGGUGGCGGCUGGAACAGAGGAUACGGAGGCGGCUGGCGAAUCUACAAAUCGUGGUGGUAGCUUCCCCUUACAGUGGCUGCCUAAAUAAUGAUACCAGCAAACAAAUAAAACGAUUCACUCAAAAAUUAAA